CACCCCAUGCUGCCUGUUUCUCUUUCACUCCAGAGCUGUGGCAAUGACUGCUUCCUGGCUGCAACUCUGCCUGCUGCUGCUGCCCCUCCUGGGGGCGUCUCGCGGGGCGCGGAAUUUCCGACAAAUCAGAAACAAAAUCCACCGGCUGCGGGAGACGGAGACCUUCAGAUCAUUUUACACUCGCGUGGGAUUCCCGAAGGGGGCGCUCUCCUACACCCCGCCGGCGGAGGGCUACAUCACCCAGCCCCUGGACCACUUCAACCGCCGCAACAACGCCACCUACCGGCAGAGGUACUGGAUAAACGAGGAGUUCUGGCAGCGGCCCGACGGCCCCGUCUUCCUGUACAUCGGGGGGGAGAGCUCUCUGUCCGAAUUCUCUGUCCUGUCGGGGCAGCACGUGGAGUUGGCCCAGAAGCAUCGGGCGCUUCUGGUGUCCCUGGAGCAUCGAUACUACGGAACCAGCAUCAACCGGGACGGGCUGGCACUGGAGGCCAUAACCUUCCUGUCCAGUCAGCAGGCUCUCGCCGAUCUGGCCGCCUUCCACUUAUUCAUCUCGCAGAAAUUCAGCCUCUCGCGGCGUAAUCCGUGGAUCUGUUUCGGGGGAUCGUACCCCGGAUCGCUCUCCGCCUGGUUCAGACUGAAGUUCCCUCACUUGGUAUUUGCCGCGGUGGCCUCGUCGGCUCCGGUCAGGGCAGAGCUGGAUUUCACGGAUUACAACAAGGUGGUGGCGCAGAGUUUAUCGGACGCGGUGAUUGGAGGAUCUGCAAAGUGCCUGGACGCCGUGACCCGCGCGUUCCGAGCCGUCGACGCUCUCCUCCAGGCCGGAAACGGCACUCAGCUGGAGAAAGACUUCUCGUCCUGCGCGGCCCUGCAGGGGCCGGACGAUUACGCUCAGUUCGUCAGUAACCUGGCAGACAUAUUUAUGGGGGCCGUGCAAUACAACCGAGAGAUUCAGAGCAACAACGUGCAGCAGCUGUGCCGGAUAAUGAGCGCGGAGGGGACGGCGUCCGUGUACGAGGCGCUGAGGAAGGUGAACCAGGUCUACAUGGACAGCAUGGGUCUGAGCUGCGUGGAUAACUCCUACGAGUCGGCCGUGAAAGAUCUGAGCAGCACCGAAGUGAACCCGGUGGGCGUCGGGGAGCGGCAGUGGUACUACCAGACGUGCACCGAGUUCGGAUACUAUCAGACGUGCGAGGGCUCCUCGUGCCCCUUCUCCCCGCUCAUCACUCUGCAGUCACAGCUGGAUCUCUGCAGCCGGGUUUUCCGGAUCCCCGUGGAUUCCGUGGAGCAGUCUGUCAGGUUUACCAACGAGUUCUAUGGCGCGGACCACCCCAAAUCCAGCAGGAUUAUCUUCGUUAAUGGAGACAUCGAUCCGUGGCACGCGCUCAGUGUCUUGAAGAAUCAGUCGCGCUCUGAGAUCGCCAUCUAUAUCAACGGGACGGCCCACUGCGCCAACAUGAGUCCCUCUCGUCCCGACGACCCGCCGUCCCUGCGGGAAGCCAGAGAGGAGAUCGCUGUUCACAUCGCUGAUUGGCUGAAAUCCGCUCGGAGGGAGCUGGGAGGAUCCUAACGCUACCUGCGCAGCCCCC